UUUCGUUGCGCUUUCGAUGCGACCAGUUGUCGCCUCGCCGCCUCACUUGCUGCUCCUUUGCCCCACCACUUGCCGAUUUUCGCGGAUAUUGCAGAUUGCAAUUUGGCGCGCGCGAAACUCUGUCCGUUAUACUGUGCGUUCCACUGUGCAUCAGCAGCAGCAGAGUGCGUCUUACUGUGUGUGGGUGUGAUGUGAUGUGCUUGGCCGCGGGAGAUAACGGUGCCAGGACAGUGUUGUAAAGCUGUAAAAUAUGGCCCGCAAGGACGAUCCCGUUUUCAAUGUGAAAUUCGUGCAGCUCGUGGAGAGCCAAGCCUGUCUAUGGAACUACACGCAUCCCGGCUACAGCAAGAAGGAGGAGGUGCAGCGCGCCUGGCAGCAUGUGGCCAAUGAAAUCAAGGACACAGUACGCAAUUGCCGCGAGCGCUGGCGCACCAUUCGGAGCAGCUUCCUACGCUCCCUGAAGCUGGCCCGCACACAGACGGGACGCGGCAAGCGCAAAUACUACCUGUCCAAAUAUCUGCAGUUUCUGAUACCCUACACAAAGUCGCGCUCCUGCCACAAGCAGGUGGCAGUGGCGGCCGGUCCGACCACAGCGGGCAUGGUGCUGCGCAAGCCCAGCACCUCGACGGCAGCCACCUUUCUGGCCGGAGUGGGUCACCUGCGCAUGGUGGCCGGGCAGGUGUCCGAGGAGGAGGAGGAGGCCAAAGAGAGCGUGGAGAGCGAGGGCGAGACGCACAUGCCGCUCGAUGUUCAGGUUUCGGAGGAGGAGGACAAGGACCAUCGUGCCACGCACUCGCCCACAUCCUGCUUGCCCCUGCGACUGCAGUCGAUCAAGGUGGAGCAGCAGCAGCCGCCGCAGCAGCAUUCGCCCACCCAGCCACAAACCCAACAGAGCGACAAAAUUGUCGCCCAUCAGUCGUCGUUGGUGACGCUGCCAGCCACAAUGGCCGCCGCCCUGGGGCACCAUCAUAACUUGGACAACUGGACGGAGUUGGCGCACUGGUUCAAGGGCAGUGGCCACCACCAUCACAGCAGCAACAACAACAACAACAGCAGCAGUGGGGUGCUGUCGCACCACAAACUGUCGACGCCACCGCCACAACCAGCAACGGUGGCCACCCCCGCACCGACCCUGCCCACACCAGCCCCAGCAGCAGCAGCAGCGGCAAUAGGACCUUCGGGAGCACCUGGACCCGAUGCGGACUACUCCUUUUUGGUUAGUCUGCAUCCCUACCUGAAGGAGAUGAGCGGCAAGCAAAAUCGACGCUUUCGCCAAAAGGUUGUCGGCCUCAUCGACAAUGUCCUGGACAACGUUGACGUGUAAUGCGGAGGGAGGCUUUGCUCUACUCUGCAGGAGCAACACCAAUAGUGCCCAUUUGUUAUGUGUAUGUGUAUAGCUAGCGUAUACUUUCAUUGGCUUUAUUUAUCACGGAGAACAUAAGCAACCAUUUGUUAUAUUUAAUAUAAAUCCUGUAAU